AUGCCGUUCGGCUUAAAAAACGCCGGAGCCACAUAUCAGCGAUUAAUGAAUAAAAUUUUUCAUGAUCAAAUUGGCCGAAGCAUGGAAGUGUACGUUGAUGACAUGGUGGUGAAGUCAAGUACAGUGUCGGCACAUGCACAAGAUUUGACCGAGGUGUUUCAGGCGCUAUGGCACCACCAAAUGAGACUUAACCUUGAGAAGUGUGUGUUCGGAGUCUCGGGCGGUAAAUUUUUAGGAUUCAUGCUGUCCAGUCGAGGCAUUGAGGCAAAUCCCGACAAGUGUCAGGCCAUCCUAGACAUGAAAAGUCCAAGUACUUUGAAGGAGGUUCAAAAGUUAGCAGGCCGACUCACCUCCCUCUCUCGGUUCCUUCCUUGCCUGGCCGAGAUAGCUAGACCUAUCCUUCUUUUACUGAAGAAAGUUAAACGGUUCAUAUGGACCCCGAAGUGUGAGGCAUCGUUCCAACAGUUCAAGGAACGCCUGGGCGCACCUCCAAUCCUUUCCAAACCAGUCGUCGACCUCGACAUGAUUGUGUAUUUAGCCGUUUCUAGCACAUCAAUCAGUGCCGUCCUGAUUCAGGAAAAACAAGACGAACAACAUUUGGUGUACUUCAUCAGUCGGACAUUACAGGAUGCCGAACGACGCUACCAGUUGAUAGAAAAAGUAGCCUUAGGGCUCAUCUACACCGCCCGCCGGCUCAGGCAGUACUUCCAAAGCCACAAGAUAAUUGUCCGAACCGAUUGUCCAAUUGCCAAAGUCCUGAGGAAACCUGAGAUUGCCGGCCGGAUGAUGGCAUGGUCAGUUGAGCUCUCAGAGUUCGACGUAACUUUUGAGCCGAGAGGCCCCAUCAAGUCACAACAUUUAGCCGACUUCAUCAACGAGCUCACUCCUCCGGGCCGUUUCAAAGACGAGUCGUGGACCAUGCAUGUUGAUGGGUCCUCUAACGCUCAAGGAAGUGGGGCAGGUAUAAUUCUAGCUAGUCCCUCGGGCAUCACUGUAGAGCAAUCUCUGCGUUUCGGCUUCCGAGCCUCUAAUAAUCAAGCGGAGUAUGAAGCCUUGCUAGCGGGAAUGCGGUUGGCAACCGAGAUGGGUGUGAAAAAAGUCAUAUGUUGGACUGAUUCGAAGAUUAUGACCGAACAGGUCAAUGACAACUUCCAGGUCAAGGAUCCCAACUUGUUGCAAUACUACCACCUCUUCCAAAAGCACAGGGACGAUUUCAUUGAGGUUCAGGUGCGGCACGUCCCACGAUGCAACAAUGAACGAGCUGAUCAGUUAGCCCGACUCGCCAGCAGCCGGAAGCCCGGACAGUUGCGCAGAACCAUUCACCUAGAGAUUCCCUCCCCGAGUGUGACGGCCGAGUGCAUGUCAACCGAAGUCAAAGCGCCGACCUGGAUGACCGCCAUUCGAAACUUUAUUGUUCGAGACGAAUUACCAACCGAUCUGAUGAAAGCCAAGAAAUUACGAACUCAAGCGGCUCGGUACUCCAUGGUAGCCGAAGUGCUCUAUCGGCGGGGAUUCUCCACCCCACUGCUCAGGUGCAUUGACAACCUACAAGCCGAUUAUGUGAUGCGGGAAAUUCACGAAGGCAUUUGCGGAUCUCACUCGGGGGGGCGAACCCUGGCGGCUAAAGUCUUGCGAGCCGGUUAUUAUUGGCCAACUCUGAAGGGAGACUGCGCCGAGUUCGUCAAAAAGUGCGUUCAAUGUCAAAGACAUGGGAAUCUCAUCCAUGCCUCGGCUGCCGAAUUGCAUAGCAUCAGCUCUCCAUGGCCGUUCGCUUUAUGGGGUAUCGAUGUGCUUGGACCAUUCCCUAUGGCAAAAGGGCAAGUUAAGUUUCUCCUGGUUGCAGUAGAUUAUUUUACAAAAUGGAUAGAAGCCGAACCACUCGCUUGCAUUUCCGCAGCGAGUGUCCAGAAGUUUGUUUGGAAAAAUCUGGUUACCCGCUUCGACAUUCCUUAUGCCAUCGUCUCGGACAACGGCCUUCAAUUUACUGACAAGAAGUUCAACACCUUCCUUGAAAAUCUCGGCAUUCGUCACCGGUUCACAUCAGUCGAGCAUCCCCAAUCAAACGGCCAGGCCGAAGCAGCGAACAAAGUUAUCCUCACAGAGCUAAAGAAACGACGUGGUUCGGCUAAAGGUGCAUGGGCUGAAGAAUUACCGGAAGUCCUUUGGGCAUACCGGUGUACACCACAAUCAACAACCAAGGAGACACCCUUUCGCCUAACAUACGGCGCAGAUGCAAUGAUUCCGGUUGAAGUAGGAGAACCUUUGUUUCGACGACAACACUUCCAUGAAGAAUCUAAUGAUGAUUCACUCCGAGCCGAACUCGAUGUCCUUGAUGAAGUGCGAGAAAGGGCACAAAUUGUAGCCGAGGCCUGCAAGCAACGCAUGAGUAGACGCUUUAAUUCCAACUUAAAUCCAAGAACGUUUCAUGAAGGAGAUCUUGUUUGGCGAGCGACUGGGUCGGCCAGGCGCAACUCAUCCGAAGGGGAGCUCUCGGCCAAUUGGGACGGACCGUUCCGGAUACGGCACGCACUCCACAAUGGAGCAUACAAGCUGGAAGAACUGUCCGGCAAGAUCAUUCCGAGAACGUGGAACUCCACUCAUCUGAAGACAUAUUAUAGCUAA